AUGAAUUCUUUUGCAGCUGAGGAAUCUACAACUUCAAAAAUGGAUCACAAGAAAGCAACAAACAGAAAAACUCGAAGUUUCGCAUUUAGGGUUCAUGAACAUGUAAAACUAGGUCAUAAACUAUCAGAAACUCUGAAGGGUAAAUUGAGUUUGGGUGCGAAGAUAAUACAAGAAGGUGGAAGAAGAAACAUUUUCAAGAACAUUUUUGGAAUGCAAGAAGGAGAGAAAGUUUUGAAAGCUUCGCAAUGCUAUUUAUACACAACAGCUGGUCCUAUUGCCGGAGUUCUCUAUAUCUCUACCGAAAAAGUUGCAUUUUGUAGUGAAAGACCAAUUACUUUCUCUUCUGCAACAUCAGGAGAGUCGCGCAAAGUACCUUACAAGGUUUUGAUACCAAUUGGGAAGAUAAAAGAAGUUAAUGAAGGAGAGAAUGUGGAUCAAGAGGAACAAAAGUAUAUAGAAAUUGUAACUGAAGAGGAUUCUGAAUUUUGGUUUAUGGGAUUUUUAAAAUAUGAGAAAGCUUUUAGGAAUCUUGAGAAAGCAAUUUCUAUGUCCAGUUAG